ACCAAACAAUUUUCCUUCUUUCCUCUUUUUCAUACAUACACACAUACAUAUAUAUUAUACAAUAUAGUAUCAUGUCGACCAAUAGCACUUAUAGUAGAACAGAAGAACAUACUUUAGGAGAGGAUAGAAUACAGCCAAGAAGAUCUGGUCGAGCAACUCGUUCAGUUUCACCGUCAUCUACAACGAUGGAAGGAGGAGUAUCUGAAGAAGAAUCUAACAAUACGCGAUCACACUCUGUAGAGUCAAGUGAAUAUGAGACAGCAGAGUCUAAAAAGAGGAAAAGAAAGGCAGUAAGUAAAGCAAGCAAUAAGAGACAAGCCAACGCAAAGCUUGAAUCUUUUAAGCAAGAAGAAAACGAACGUGAGCUUAGAAAUUCAUCUCAAAGAGUAUCCAAGGAGGCAAAAGAAGCAAGAAAGGCAGAAAGGGAAAAUACGAUUAAAGAAAAAUUGAAUGAGUUGGAUAAAAUAGAAAAGGCAGUCAGAGAUGGAUCGCAUGCAGAAUAUCACAAGCUACUUGCCAAGAUUGAAGAUAAGCGUAAUAAAAUGUUGAUUGUUGCCAAAAUGCGUAGAUCCUUAGCAGAGGGAGUUGUCUAUAACCUGUUCAAUUCUCAAAGGGAAUGCGCUUAUUCACAAUAUUAUUGGGAUAAAUUGACACUACGACGAGUAAUGAUAGAGAAUGUACAGCGCAAGAUUAGCAAAUUAGAACAAGAGUAUUAUACAAGUCAUCAAAGUAAGUAAACCUAUCUUUUAAUAAUAGUGAUAUUAAAUGUAUAACAGAUUAUUCAGAUGAUGAUCGUUUGGCCGAUUGGAUGCCACCCGAAAGACCUUCGACCAUAAGUUCUCUCACACUGGGCUUGACAGAACAAGAAAUUGACCGUGACCUUGUCUUGGCAGCUCGAGAUCCCCGUCAAGCAUACUCACCAACAUCUCCUUCCAUCGAUAUGCUGGCAUCGCUGGCCGAUAAGCAAUAUCAAAGAGACUUUAAGAAAGAUGCUACUGAUAAAUCAUCUGCAUUGCCUUCAUUGCCCUCAUUGAAUCCCAUGCAUUUGAAUAACCUUGGUGGUAGUAACUGUAGCAGCAGCAGCAGUAGUAGUA